CCAAAAAAAAUAUAUAUUUGCGUUGCUUUUAUUUUGUUUAUCGCCACUUCAAUAUAAGCUUACAUUGGUUUGGACCAUGUAAAACUUCCAAUAAAAAACACCCCGAAUCCAGGAUAACUUUUAGGCUAAAGAUCCCCUUUAGAGAUGGACGUUUAUAAGAAACUGUCUUCCCUGCAGGAAAUCUCCAAGGCACAACUAUCCAAGAUUUUCUCGACCAACCCCAAUAGAAAAUACCUUGUGAUUGAAUCCGCUCUGAUCAACCCGCUGGAGCGGGUAUGCGGCCUUCAGUGGCUAAAGGCUUCAGGGGUGGAAAGGAUAUUUAAACUGGAAGCUGUCGCUCCCAACUACCAAGAUGGUCCGAUUUUCUACAUGAUCCCCCCAGAGUUUAAGGUUUUCAACCAAGUGCUGAACCAAAUCAGGGCUCAGGUCGAUAUUGAAAACCCGCCCAGCAACAAAUACCAUGUCAUAGUCAUUCCCCGCUCCUUGUUCAUAUUUGAGGAGGAAUUAGAGCAACAUGGGCUGUUGGACAGUGUGGUAAAGCUGCAUUCCUUCCAGUGGAUGCCGGUGCAUCUGGAUAGCGGCGUUUUAAGCCUGGAAAUGCCCUUGGUGUUCAACACGCUUUUUGUAUAUGAAAACUAUGGACUAAUGCCCGCCCUAUCAAAGGCAUUGUGGCAACUGUGCUUGGUAGUUGGAAAACCAAACGUAAUCUGCGGUUUAGGCCAGCACUCAAUCAACAUCCUGAAACAGUACGAUGAGCUGUGUGAAAUUAAAGGCGAAUCCGAUAAAACCGACUCGGACUUUGGGGCUCUAAUAGUGAUGGAUCGAAGUGUGGACUACUCAAGCGCUCUGCUAACUCCAGGAGUGUACGCUGGAUUACUUAGCGAGGUUUACCCGGUAAAGUGCGGCGUUUGCAAUACCAAGAAGCUCAUAGAGGAGAAAAGUGCCCCCAAUCAACCACCGUUGGAUAACAAAUUCAUUCCAGUACGCGAAAAACAGGCUGUGAACAUCGCCCUGAAUAGUCAACAAGAUACAGUUUACGCGGACAUUAAAAACCGAUAUUUCACCGAAGUUACCUCGGUACUGAGCCACCUGACCAAGCAGCUGAAGACUGAAAAAAUCAACUCUCAAGAAAUGGCGCUCGAUGAAAUUAAGCGCUACGUUCAAACCCAACUGCAAGCGACGAAGUCGCGCAAGCUGUUUAUCACCAAUCAUUUACUAGCCGCCGAAAGCAUUAUCAAUGUUUUGGGGCACAGAUACGAAAGGCAAAAGAACGUGGAGAUCGACAUAAUGCAGAACACGAACAAAUCCUCAAAUCUGAGUUACCUGGACGAAAUAACCACGACGGAGAAUGAUAUGCUGUUGUCUUUGCGGCUGUUUUGCUUGCUGUCGAUCACCCAGGAGUUGUCGGAAAGCGAAACUAGAACAUACUGGCGCAAGUUUCUACACCACUUUGGCUUUCACUAUGGCUUCGCCUUGAAAAACCUGAUAAGCCUGGGCUUUCUGCGGGACUUCCCGCAGUCCAGUAACAUCCCAAAGUUGAGCCUGAAAAUCCCGAAAUCCAGUACGUUCCACGCUAAUGCCAAGGCAUUGAGACAAGUGCCUGCUGAUCCCGAUAACAUAAACCUAAAACACCCAACGUGUGCCAGCUAUGUGUUUGGAGGCGCGUACAUACCUUUAAUUGUUCAGGUUGCCGGUAUGUUUCUCAAUUCCGUGCCACUGGAAGACAUUCGAGCGAAGCUACAAAACCUUGGGCAAGUGACUAUUCGAAACCACAAAGGUUUUCCCCUGUUAUGCAGGAAUAUUUUGGUUUUCGUUGUCGGGGGAGUUACAUAUGCGGAAGUGGCUGCUUGCAAUCUGUUCGAAUCCCUUACUGGGUCGAAGAUUUGUGUUUUUACCGAUCGCGUUAUUAAUGGUAAUGAUCUGGUAUAUGAUGUACUAAGUCUACCUAAGUAGUAUGUACCAGGAGUAUUUUCUCCGGUCGUCAUAAAGUUAAGCCUUAAUGUCAGUGUGCGAAGACUUUAGACUACUGCAAAUAAUAUUUUCUAAAGGCAAUUAA